UGGGGCGCACCACCGCCGAAAUGCCUUUCCUGAGACCCCUGGGCGGCAACGAUGCCGACGACUUCUACUUCGGCUACGACGCCGGGUACCACCGCAGCAGCGGCGGUGCGGGCAAGAGCGCCAAGAAGGAGAAGGGCUUCCUCUCCUGCCUCCCCUGCUGUAGGCGCACCGCCGCGGACCCGACGGCACACCGCCGCCUGCUGUCUUCCGACUCCAGCGACAGUGACAACGCGGCCGCCAUGGACGUCACUGCCGAUCUCGCCCGCCUCCGCGCGCGCUACUCCCGCCUGGCCGCUGGCCCACCCGUCCGCCCCCGCGAAGUCCCCGCCCUGAUGGCGCGCCCCGACGACCCGGCGCUGGCCGUGUCCGCGCUCUCCUGGCUCGGCGGGGACCUCCGCCCGUCCUGCAUGCUCCUGGCCCUGCUGCCCGCGCUGUUCCCGUCCCUCCCGGCCCACGCCCGCCAUGCGCUUGCCGCCGCGGUCCGCCGCCUCAGCGCCCGCGAGGCUGCGCUCGAUGGCGAGGUCGCCGAGUACCAGUCCACCUACGCCAUGAAGGUGGCGUGCGAGAAGUCCAAGGAAGGCGUCGCCGAGACGACCGCCGAGGAGAUGUGCAAGAUGGCGCGCGCCGCCCGGCGGGCAGACAAGCUGCGGUGGCGCGCCGUGGAGGCUGCCGUCAAGGAGGUCCUCGCACCGGCGCAGGCCAGGGAAUUCCUCAAGGCCGUCGAGGACGUGGCGGGCAAGGUGGCGCAGCACGGCACCCGGUGGCACGCGCGCGCCGGGACGCUCACGGUGCCUGUCGAGGCGCUCGAACGCGUGCGCGCCAACGCCAGGGCCGCUACGGACGAUGCCUGGUGAGGUGACCUCUGAUUGUGAUAUUUUGCUUCAGGCAGACAUCUUCUUGUGUUGUGAUCAUGGGGAUUCGUUCGUCAAUGAGAACUAGAAUUUUUCCAGCUUAGGAUGAUUCGGAUUGCAUCGGGCAGGACGAUCAAAUGUACCUUGGCAUGGUCUACGUUCAGUCACUAGAAGGUUAACUAGAUAUACUCCUGACUCCUCGCAUUGGAAUUGUGAAAUGCUUUAGUUGCUUCAGACAUGUUCUGUCAUUUGUUUUUGUACUUUUGAGGAUGCAGUCCGAGUCUGCACCGUUAGCUAUCACAAAUUCAGCAAUGAGUAGUGCCAGUUGCUGAACGUCUUUAGGAGGAGCGUGUCAAGGU